CGCCGGCCCCCGUCGGCUGCUCCCGCCGCGCCCGGGUCUCCGCCCGCAGCCGCCCGAGCCCGCCGGGCUGUGAAUGAAAGGCAGGCGCGGCCCGGACUAGCUGCCAGCGACGCGGCGACGCCGGCCUCUCGGGAGGCGCGCUCCCCGCGGAGAUGUACGGUGUGUGCGGGUGCUGCGGUGCCCUUCGUCCCAGGUACAAGAGGCUGGUGGACAAUAUCUUCCCGGAAGACCCUGAGGAUGGUUUGGUGAAGACCAACAUGGAGAAGCUCACUUUCUAUGCCCUCUCGGCCCCAGAAAAGCUGGAUCGAAUUGGUGCCUACCUCUCAGAGAGGCUCAUCCGAGACGUGGGUCGCCAUCGCUACGGGUACGUGUGUAUCGCCAUGGAGGCGCUGGACCAGCUGCUCAUGGCCUGCCACUGCCAAAGCAUCAACCUCUUCGUGGAAAGCUUCCUUAAAAUGGUGGCCAAGCUUCUGGAGUCGGAGAAGCCGAACCUGCAGAUCCUCGGCACCAACUCGUUUGUGAAGUUCGCCAAUAUCGAAGAGGACACCCCAUCCUAUCACAGAAGCUACGACUUCUUUGUGUCCCGAUUUAGUGAAAUGUGCCACUCAAGCCAUGAUGACUUAGAAAUCAAGACCAAAAUUCGAAUGUCGGGCAUCAAAGGCCUGCAAGGGGUAGUGAGGAAGACGGUGAAUGAUGAACUGCAGGCCAACAUCUGGGACCCACAGCACAUGGACAAGAUCGUGCCGUCCCUGCUCUUCAAUCUGCAGCAUGUAGAAGAGGCAGAGAGCCGGUCUCCCUCGCCCCUCCAAGCGCCAGAGAAGGAAAAGGAGAACCCAGCAGAGCUGGCUGAGAGGUGCCUGAGGGAGCUGCUGGGCCGGGCAGCCUUUGGCAACAUCAAGAACGCCAUCAAGCCUGUUCUCAUCCACCUGGAUAACCACUCUCUUUGGGAACCCAAGGUGUUCGCCACCCGUUGCUUUAAAAUCAUCAUGUACUCGAUUCAGCCGCAGCACUCCCACCUGGUCAUCCAGCAGCUCCUGGGCCACCUGGACGCCAACAGCCGCAGCGCGGCCACUGUGCGCGCCGGCAUCGUGGAGGUCCUAUCGGAAGCGGCGGUCAUCGCCGCCACCGGCUCCGUCGGGCCCACAGUGCUGGAGAUGUUUAACACCCUGCUGAGGCAGCUGCGGCUCAGUAUCGACUACGCGCUCACCGGGAGCUACGACGGCGCCGUGAGCCUGGGCACCAAGAUCAUCAAGGAGCACGAGGAGCGCAUGUUCCAGGAGGCCGUCAUCAAAACCAUCGGCUCCUUCGCCAGCACGCUGCCCACCUACCAGCGCUCAGAGGUGAUCCUGUUCAUCAUGAGCAAGGUCCCGCUGCCUUCCCUGCAUCACCCCGUAGAGACUGGACGGACAGGGGAGAACAGGAACCGGCUGACCCAGAUUAUGCUGCUGAAAUCUCUCCUUCAGGUCUCCACAGGUUUCCAGUGCAACAACAUGAUGUCAGCCCUGCCCAGCAACUUCCUUGACCGCCUUCUCUCCACCGCCCUCAUGGAGGAUGCAGAGAUCCGCCUCUUCGUCCUCGAGAUUCUCAUCAGUUUCAUUGAUCGUCAUGGCAACCGCCACAAGUUCUCUACCAUCAGCACCCUUGGUGACAUCUCGGUCCUGAAGUUGAAAGUGGACAAGUGCUCCCGGCAGGACACUGUCUUCAUGAAGAAGCAUUCCCAGCAGCUCUACAGGCACAUCUACCUGAGCUGUAAGGAGGAAACCAACACCCAGGAGCACUUUGAAGCACUCUACGGCCUGCUGGCACUCAUCAGCAUCGAGCUGGCCAACGAGGAGGUGGUGGUAGACCUCAUCCGACUGGUGCUGGCUGUUCAGGACGUGGCCCAGGUCAAUGAAGAGAAUUUGCCCACCUAUAACCGCUGUGCGCUCUACGCUCUGGGUGCGGCCUACCUGAACCUCAUCAGCCAGCUCACAACGGUGCCUGCCUUCUGCCAGCACAUCCAUGAGGUAAUAGAGACCAGGAAGAAAGAGGCGCCAUACAUGCUUCCUGAGGAUGUGUUUGUGGAAAGACCCAGGCUGUCUCAGAAUCUCGACGGGGUGGUGAUUGAGGUUCUUUUCCGCCAGAGCAAAAUCAGUGAAGUCCUGGGAGGCAGCGGCUAUAAUUCGGACAGGCUCUGCCUGCCCUACAUCCCUCAGCUGACAGAUGAAGAUCGCUUGUCCAAGAGGAAGAGCAUUGGAGAGACCAUUUCCCUUCAGGUCGAGGUAGAAUCGAGGAAUAGCCCAGAGAAGGAAGAGCGAGUGCCUGCCGAAGAGAUCACCUAUGAAACACUAAAGAAGGCCAUCGUGGACAGUGUGGCAGUUGAGGAACAGGAGCGUGAGCGGCGCCGACAGGUCGUAGAGAAAUUCCAGAAGGCCCCGUUUGAGGAGAUCGCAGCCCACUGUGGGGCCCGGGCAUCACUGCUGCAGAGCAAACUCAACCAGAUCUUUGAAAUCACCAUCCGGCCCCCUCCGAGCCCUUCUGGAACCAUCACUGCAGCCUACGGCCAGCCGCAGAACCACUCCAUCCCUGUCUAUGAGAUGAAGUUCCCUGAUCUGUGUGUGUACUGAAUCGCAAGAGAAUGAAGUCAUCAGAGGACACAGUGUGUGGGCGCACCACCCUCCUGCCCACUGUCACCCUGUGGAGAUCUAGCUGGCACAGCCGAGAGGUAGUCACCUUGGACUGUGGCUCUUCCCAAGUUGAGCAAAAGGUGGAGCCUGUUGUCCUCUGUGGUCCUCCUGCCUCCUCCUCAUCUUCCAUGAGGAAGUUCCAGCCACUGCCCUCUGGGGCUAAUAAGCACCUCACCUGUCUUCUCUUUUGUAUCAGCCAGGGUCAGAGAAUCAUGAGGGUGUCUCUGCUGAGAAGCAGAGGGGCCUGGGGAGCUUCCCUUGGGGAUGUGUCUAUGAGGGAUUCUCAGCCACCCCCAAGGAAAGGAGCCUGAUGAAGGAUGAAGACGUGAUUGGUCUAAGGAAGGCAUAGGUGGCACUUGGGGAAACUGAGAAAAGCCCUCCCCCAAUAAAGAAGUGACAGUGUGAUUGCUCAAAGGUGAUAUGUGCUCCCACCUCUUAAGCCUCGGGUGUCUUUUCCAGCCUCUUGUUUCCUCUCCAGUUGCCUGUGUUUCUUUUUCUACGGUUGAUGAAUGCUGAGCACUUAGAGCAGGAGCUUGGGUUAGAGAUGCUGGAGGCAGCAGGGCUAGCGGAAGAGCAACCGGCUGAGGGUGGAGGGGGCAGGUUCUCCCAGGCUGGGCAGCAUCGCAAAGCACAAAUGUGGCAAGUCUGUCUCCUGGCUGCUUAGCAGCUUCUCACUUUCUCUGUCCAGAGGACACUUGUGGUAGAUCUUCUCUGGUUCUCUCUGUGUGUCUUGGAAGUUUCCUGGGGUGUUAAGUUCGGUCCCUGAUGGCUUUGUCUCCACAGUCUCUGGGUUGAGAGAAAGCUGAGCAAGCUAGCUGGUUCUGAAAAAGGAGGAGAAAGCGCCCGAGCCCUGAGGCCUCCUCCCAUGGAAGAUGCUCUCAACAGAAGUUAGGAGUGGGAGGAGCAGUUGAGCAAGUGGUACUUUGGGAUUCAGAGAAAGAAAGAUUUAACAGCCAGGACUGAAAAUGGUACUUUCCCUCUCUGGGCAAAGUCUGCGACACUGGGGACAACUGGCCUUGGGAGUGGCCUGGGUAGAGGUGAUAGAAAUUCCUGUGGCUUCCAUCUUCCCUAUAGGCCACCUGCCUGUGCCUGUGUGACUUGUGUGUGCUGGGAGCAGCUGGCCCAGGGACUGGGUGGGUGCCAAAAAGGCUGUCUUCUUUGACCUUUGUCCUUGUCAAACCCUUUCCUGAUGCUCCUCUUGGUGUCUUCCUGCCUCCCAGGAUGUCCAGCAGCUUCCCAGGCCUCCUCCAGUGGGAACACCCCACGGCCCAGGAUAGUCCCUUCUUUCCCCUUCAGACUUCAAUGGGUUUUCUGAGUUCUUUUCCUCUCAGGCCCAAUGUUACUGCAGAGAUUUUGCCCCUUAGAAUGGGGGAGCAGCUCUGUUGAGCUGCAGGAACCCGGUCUAGAGUUUUAGUUGUAGGCGGUGUGGCCUGGGGUCAGAAAGGAGCCAUUUUUGCUAAGGAGGCAGUAGGCUUCCCAGGACACUCUGGAUCACAGCCCCGCAUGGUGGCAACCUGCUCACUGGGACAGGUGGAACAUCCGGAAUUAGAAGGAUGGGAGCACAGGCACUUCCCUGUUGCACACGUGGUAAAUGUCACAGGCGGGACUCUUUGUACCCUGUCUCCAUAGUGUCCUCACUUGUGAUGCGACUCUUUCCCAUGGUCCCUGCACCGAGUUCUAGGCUCAUGGCUUCAGCAUGGCCUGCAUGGUCUCAGGUGCCUGAGGAUGACACGCACCCCUGCCAACCGCACAGCUUUGGAGCUCUGUGGCUGUUGCUUAACCCAACUUUAUAAGCAUGGCCCGAGGUUUCUCCUUGAUGUCUCUUUACUAAGAAGGCUCGUUUAAAAUAAGCAUGAAGGCAAGUAACCUUUUAGAAACUAAGAAAAUCUGAGCCUUGAGCUAAAAAAAAAAAAAAAAAAAAAGUCUUUCUUUACCUGCCCACAUCUUUUAUCCCAUACUUGGCUUGGGUAAGAGUCCCUCUGUUUCUUCAUUGUUCCCACUUGGCAUAAUUGCCCACCCCUGAGGUGCCCUGAGCCUAGUUGUGGAUUAGGAGAGCCACUUCCCUGGAGUCUUUUGAGAACCAGCAUCAGAACCAGAGGUCUACAGACCCACCCAGAUACUUUGGACCCUCACACCUUCCCUGGGACAGAGAAGGAAAGGGACAGAGUUCCAGUUCUGCAGGCUGCUCAGCAGGGACAUGCUGCUUUUAGAGGCUGGCCACUGUGUACCCUGUUCUUGGUAGGAUUAAUCUAGGCUUCUGUUCAGUAGGAUGUUGGGUUGCCUGUUGACAGGGGAUGGAAUCUGAUCUUGGCCAAGUACGUCUCGGAGUCAGAAUGGUGAUCAGGGGGGAGUCUGACCCUCUAUCACAGGGCCUGGGAGAGAGGCAACAGCACAGUGGCAUGAGCCAUGACAGGAGUCCAGGGCCCUUCCCAAGCCUCUGGUGUAUGUUAGCACAGUCUCGUGCCUUGUUCUGUUCACCUUCCCUGUUGUAAACAAGAAUCCAAAGGAGCCAGCAAACUCAUUAAGGCCAGCUGGUCCCCAUCUUCCUACCGUCAAAGCACCCAAGGUUUGAGCUUCGUAGGCAAGGGCCAGGGCCAGAGAGUGGCAUCCUGCUGACAGAAUGUAACAGGCGCGAAUGUGUCUGAGGCUUGGACAUUAACUUGUUUGAUCAUGAAGAGUGUAGAAAGUGGAUUAACAGAAAAUACCUGAUCCAGAAGCAGCUGCUGUUUUCCCUGUCCUGAGCCUGUUUCCUGUUUCCUUUGUACUUCGAAGCCUAGAACAGAUGGUUUCAUGACUCCUAAAUGGCAUCAUCAAAAAACCUAGAAAUGUCCUUUGUCUUUCCCCAACCAACACACAAAGCAGGGGAACGUGGGUGUGGGACCACUGACCCUGGUCAGAGCAGCCAUGUCCUAUAUGCCGCCUGUGGCCCACAGGGUGCAAUUCAGCUGGAGUAGCAUUUGGAAAAACCUGAAGGCUCCUCCAGAUUCCUUGGGGGUCCCGGGGUCAUGGUGCCUUCCAGUUGCCCUUUUGCUGCCGUCCUGCUGUGGAGAAUGCUGCUAAGAACUGAGCAGCUGGCUGUGUUCGGGUUUCUGGGGAAAAAGGGAGCCCUGAGCUGUGGGUCUAAAUGUUGUGCUCAAAAGCAGACUCAGAGGUGGAGGAGGGACGGAUCAAGUAGGCUGUGUCUGCUUCCCUUGACCUCCUCUGGAAAGCAGAGUACACUAAGGCACAGAUCCCAUUCUCUGGAAUCUGGGGUUAAGGUUCAGAGAAAACAGUCUGGUUGCUAUGACCCUAUCAUCCAGGCUGGGUCUAGAUCUAAACACUACAGAAGGGGAACCGUGGGAUGUCCUGUUCUUGAUCCUGUCUACCAGGGGAGUGAUAAGGAGAAGCCACGAGUGGCAGGAAAGACUUGAUGGCUCUGUUGGCUGCCCUUUGGCACCAGCCUGGCUCCUUCAGGGAGCGUGGGAUCUCCUGGGACCAGCACUUGCCCUUCUGGAACUCUUCAUGACUGUGGAUUCUGGCACAUGGAGUAUAAAACUGUGAGCUCAUGCUGUGCCCCAUCCAUCUCAAUGUGUCUGAGUCCUUUUGGACCUUCAUGACCUGGCUGAGUGUGUGUGCCUAUGUCUGUGCAUGUGUGUAAUGUAGUUUGUAGUUGCCAGCCUUGUGUAUAUAAUAGCUGACAUAUUUAUAUGUGAGUACAGAAUUGGCAUCUGUGGCAGUUUUCUGUAUUUUAAACUUGUUGGAUCAAAUUAAUUUUCCUUCCGGGUAGGGGGGUGUUGGAAGGCCUAUUCCAAAGUCAUUUUUUAGGACUAUUAGUCGUGGUUUCCCAAUGAGCCUUCAUGAUGCCCUUUUCAAAUAAAUGUUAAUGUUAUCACCAUA